AUGUCCACCACCCCCGACCCAAUCAAAGACAGCAAAUCACCCGCCCCAGGGGGGCCCAACACCCUGAGCGAGAAGGAGAAGAAUCUCAUCGCCACCAUCGUCACGCACUGCCUCAAAUCCGGCCCGCUGGAGAUCGACUCCAAGAAGCUGGUGAAGUAUGGCGAGUUCAACACCAUGAAGACGGCGCAGAACACGUGGGGCAAGCUUAAGGCGAAGAUUGCUGCUAUGAACGAUGAUGGGGAUGUUGAGGGGAAGGAUGGCGCUGAUACUCCCAAGACGCCCAAGACGCCCAAAGCUGCCGCAGGAGGUGCCACGCCGGCCUCCAAGAAGCGCGGGAAAAAGACCGACGACGAUGAGGAGGGCGGAGAUGGCGGCGCCAGUCCAAAGAAGAAGACUCGCAAGUCUCCCGCGAAGAAAGGGGGCAAAAAGGCUGGUACCGCAGUCGAAGACGCCGAUGACGAUGUGAAGGUUGAAGCGGCCGAGGAGGAUGACGACUGA